AUGCCUUCCAUGCUCGGUCUCACCACGGACAAGUCCCCGCACGGACUGAACAGCAAGGAGCCCUUCAUGGGCGAACAGAACCACGACAAUGACGACAUGGGCAAGCAGCUUGCCCGACGCGCCGGCGACUCUCUCACCAAGGCCUACAAUGGCAAGAAGGACAAGAAGAAGUCCAGCCGCCGAAAGCACUCACGCCGCGACAGCGGUCACGGCGACAGCGAGGACGACUCUGACAAUGACGUCAAUGCCUCUCGGAAGCGAGAGGAGCGCAUCCGCCAGCAUGAGGAGGACGACGAGGAAGAGGGUGACCGCCCCAACACCAUCAAGGAGCGCAACUCCAAGGCCGCCAUGGAGGGUGAGACGCUCUUCUGGCGCGCCCUCUGCGACAAGCCCUCCAGCGCCUUCAAGUACAUGGGCAAGGAUGCCGUCGUGUCCAACUAUCUUCUCUUCGGCGACAAGAACCCCAGAGGUCCCAAGACGGAACCCACCCUAGAGGAGGCCCUCGAGGAUUGCGAGGGACCUCUGAGCUACAGGAUACACAAGUCGUACACUGUUGAAAUUGGUCUCAUGGCUGUCGCCGUCGUCUACGACGUCACCCUCUACCGCAGCCACGGGCCGCCGGCCCGUGACGGCACCGUCAAGAUGAAGGUACAGCAGGCCACGGUGACGAGCACGUGGAGGCAGGUUGCCAGCGGCGACUAUGUUCUGGCCUCAUCCAUGUGCGGUUGA